ACACGCAUCAACACGGUGGCGGCCAUGUUUUCAGCCCCGCCCCUCCCUGCUGCCAUUGGAUCACAGAAGAAAUUCAGUCGACCGCUGCUGCCAGGCUCCGCCUCCAAGCUGUCGCAGGAGGAGCAGGCACAGGCUCAUGAAGCUCGGUUUCGCUCCAUCUCCACCGAGCUUGCACAACUGCACUCUUAUCCGCCUGACAGAAAGGUGAAAGGUCGUGAACUUGAGGAGUACCGGCUGAGAGAGGAGUAUCUGGAGUUUGAGAAAACGCGCUAUGAGACGUACAGCAUGCUCCUGCGGGCGAAGCAGCGCUGCGAAGACGAUGAUCUGUCAGUGUUUGAAGCCAUGCUCCUGGAGGAAGGUGCGCUACAGAGAGCUCAGUCCAGCCCGACGCUUCAGGACAGCAGUUUGACCUGCAGCACCAGAGACGGAGCGAGCCAAAGCACCGCCGCCGGCGCACAAGAACCGUCCGGCAACGGAAACAACAGCUGCUCCCGCGGUCAGGGCCAGAGACACAGCUACAGGCAGGCCGUCCGCAAGUGAAGCCGCCGCCGCCACCCACAGGAAGCUCGCUGUACUGGAGAGGAAGUGAGGUCUCUCUCUUUCCUGUGUGUGCCAUCAGGGUGUUGAUUCCGACUGAAUCUGACUCUGUGAUUGGCUGAUGGCUGGGUGAUGUCACAACACAAGGUGCUAUGGGAUCUGGACGGGAGGAUGCGACUGGGAACGUAAAUAUGAAA